AUGCCUGGCUGCCACAUAAACCGAGUGCCUGGUCGGCGUGCGGCAUGUGUAUUGGCGGUGUUGAUCUGGCAGUGCAGGCCCUGCGGCUUUGCAGAGCCAGGUGCUGCACUGCACGAGCGCGUCUGCGCGCGAUUGGUCGCGGCAGCGCGGCCAAGGCGGCCUCGCCUGCAGUCGGUGGGUCGCGCGGCUGGUGCUGGAGACGUGGUCGAAGGCUUGCUGCUGGAGGAGAAGUUAGGUGCUGGCUCAUUCGGCACGACGUGGAAGGCCACCGUCAGUGAGCGGUGCGAGGUGCCGGACUUGUCGCCAGGGCAAAAGGUGGCCCUGAAACUCGUCAGGCUGGAGGAAGGUUGGACCACUUUGGACAAAUUUGAGCGUGAAUCGUCGGUCUUGAAGAGGCUGCGGCACGCAGCAGUUCCGUCAUACUAUGGCAGCGUGGUUAGAGACCGUCCAAACGGUCAAGACUUCGGCCUGGUGUGCAAUAUUGUCAACGGCAACACACUUGAAGAAGAGCUUCGCGGUGGUCGUUGGGUCGCAACAGUGGACAACAUAAAGUUGCUGGCAGAGACCCUUCUGGAGGUGUGUGUCCACCUGGCCAGCUUCGCCCCUCCGAUUGUGCACAGAGACAUCAAGCCCCAGAACAUCUUGCUGGAGGCAGCAUCUACGGAUGACACUCGCACCAGCUGGCGCACGUACCUGGUCGACUUCGGCUCUGCUGUUCUAGGAUCAGGAACCAGAACUGCGGAAGGGACCUUCGGAUACAUGGCGCCAGAGUCUUUUGGUCGGGUCUUCACCCCGAAGUCCGACCUCUACAGUGUUGGCGCGACUCUGCUGUACGCUGCGACGGGUCUGGAGCCUGGGACACUGCCGCAAGAACGCCUCAAGGUGAAACUUCGCCCAGCCUUUGUUGGCACAGUGUGGGAGAGACAGGAGCGCUGGUUUUUGAAGUUACUGGAAGGACUGCUCGAGCCCGCGCCCGUCAGCUCCGCUGCGGAGGCAUUGAGUUUCUUGCGGCAGCCUGUGACAGAGGCGGCCUUACCACUGGGCCAGCUAACCGCAUCGAAUAGUAUCGCCAAGAACCAGGCUACUUUGCAAUCUCGGACAGAGGUCACUUUGGAGCCUCCGCGUGGGUCUCGAAUAUCCGUGGACAGACGCGGAGAGGAGCUGAGGGUGCUGCUUCCACCCGCCAGAUGGCAAUCACGAGUUUCGGUGGGCUCUUUCGGAAUAGCCUGGACGACUUUCACUGCGGUUUGGACAGCAGGGGUGAUUGCCGCUGGUGCGUCGUUUAUGGCACUCUUCAGUCUUCCCUUCUGGACGACUGGCGCUGCAUUGCUGAAGGACACCUUUGGCCCUCUUCUACGGGGAGCAGCAGAGCUACUAAUCCGUGGUGAUCGAUGGACAUUCUGCAAAGUGGACGGCCAGGUUCUCGAACAAGGCCGAACAGCCGAUCUCCAGUGCUUUGUUUCGACCAGUGGGGCCAGCGGAGGCAAGGAUGUCGUGCUCGAAGAGGGUCUGGUGAGCGUGAAAGUGCAGGAGGGCCUCCCCGAGGUGGAGGCUGAAUGGCUCCAGGCAUUGAUUGAGAAGCACAUCGAGCGCUACAAGUGA